ACCUGGCGGGCUGCGGCGGGCAGCGGCAGACGCUGCCACCGCGCACACCUGCGCCGCCACGGCUCGCGCGUCCUCCCCUCCCCGCCCUCGGCCACCGCCAUGGACCAGGACGGGAUCCUGAGCCUGUGGUCCAACGCCGACGACUCGGACUCCAGCCAGACGGUCUCGGGCGAAUACUUCAGAUACAAGGGCAUCCUCUUCCCCGUGGGCCUCUACUCCCCGGAGAGCAUCAGCCAGGCCGAGAACACCUCCAAUGUGCGCGACGACGACAUCUUCAUCAUCACCUACCCCAAGUCAGGCACCACUUGGAUGAUCGAGAUCCUCAGCUUGAUCCUGAAGAACGGGGACCCCUCCUGGAUCCGCUCGGUGCCCAUCUGGGAGCGCGCGCCCUGGUGUGAGACCAUCAUAAGCGCCUUCACCCUCCAGGACCAGACGAGCCCCCGCCUGCUGAGCUCCCACCUCCCCAUCCAGCUCUUUCCCAAGGCCUUCUUCAGCACCAAGGCCAAGGUGAUCUACCUAAGCAGGAACCCCCGGGACGUGGUGGUCUCCUUCUACCAUUACUCCAAGAUCGCCAGGCAACUGAAGGACCCGGGCACGCCCGACCAGUUCCUGGAGAACUUCCUCAAGGGCGAAGUGCAGUUCGGCUCCUGGUUCGACCACAUUAAGGGCUGGAUUCGGAUGCAGGGCAGAGAGAACUUCCUGCUCCUCACCUACGAGGAGUUGCAGCGGGACCUCCAAGGCUCCGUGCAGCGCAUCUGUGAGUUCCUGGGCCGGCCGCUGGACGAGGAGGCCCUGGGCUCUGUGGUGGCACACUCGACCUUCGGUGCCAUGAAGGCCAAUUCCAUGUCCAACUACACGCUGCUGCCCACCAGCCUGCUGGACCACCGCCAAGGGGCCUUCCUCCGGAAAGGGGUCUGCGGGGACUGGAAGAACCACUUCACGGUGGCGCAGAGCGAGGCUUUCGACCGCGUGUACCGGGAGCAGAUGCGCGGAGUGCAGGCCUUUCCCUGGGACGAGGCCCCGGAGGAGACCAGCCGGGACCCCGAGCCCCAGCCCCAGCCGGAGACUGAGCCCGACCCCGAUCCCAGCCCCGUCCAGGCCUCGGAUCCCGCCCACCCGUGACCCCCAAUAAACACGUCGCUCCA